AUGGACCCCCACACCACCCCAGCUCUGCUCCUCCCCGUGCCCAGCUCUGGUGCCUCCUUCCUGGGCAGCGCUGCGGCUCCGAGCCUCCCUGCCAACCUCUCCUCCUCCUCCUCCCCCGGUGCCGCGGAGGCCGAGGUGGUUCCGUCGCUCAACGUUCCGUACGUGGUGGCGGAGCUGGUCAUCGCCGUGCUGUCCACCGCCGGCAACCUGCUGGUGUGUGUUGCCGUGGGGAUCAACCGACGCCUGCGCACCGUCACCAACUACUUCCUGGUGUCGCUGGCGGUGGCGGACGUGUGUGUGGGCGCGGUGGCCAUCCCGUGCGCCAUCCUGACGGACCGCGGCGUCCCGCAACACCAGCUGUACCUGUGCCUGCUCAUGCUGUCCGUCCUCAUCAUGUUCACACAGUCCUCCAUCUUUAGUCUCCUCGCCGUCGCCAUCGAGAGGUACGUGGCGAUCUUCCUGCCGUUCCGGCACCAGCGCCUGAUGACCCCGCGGAACGCGCUGCUGGUCAUCGUGCUGACGUGGGUUCUGGCGUUCCUGAUCGGACUGGUUCCGCUGAUGGGCUGGUACCGCGCGCCGCCGCACUCGGGCCACUGCUUCUUCGUCUUCGUGGUGGACAUGACCUACAUGGUCUACUUCAACUUCUUCGCCUGCGUGCUGGCGCCCCUGGUGGUCAUGUUCCUCAUCUACGCGCGCAUCUUCGCCGUGGUCAAGCGCCAGUCGCGGCGCAUCGCUGCGGAGCGCGAGGCCGUGGCCGACAAGGAAGGAGCGGCGGCGGCGGCCCGGGCGGCGCAGAUGAAACAGGAAGUGCGGACGGCCACGUCGGUGUUCCUGGUGCUCUUCCUGUUCACGGCCUGCUGGAUCCCGCUGCACGUCAUCAACUGCUUCCUGCUGCUGUGUCCGGCGUGUCCCGUACCGCUGCCGCUGCUGCUGACCGCCAUCAUCCUCUCGCACGCAAACUCAGCCCUCAACCCGCUCAUCUACGCCUACAAGAUGAAGGCCUUCCGCCACGCAUUCACCGCCAUCUUCUGCUGCCGCAGGCUCACUGAGGCACCGGAGUAG